GGAGAAGAGUUAGGACAAGGUGAUGCAGGAGACACAGGAGGAGCAGAGACAGGAGGAGAUGCAGGAGACACAGGAGGAGCAGAGACAGGAGGUGAUGCUGGAGGAGACACAGGAGGAGCAGAGACAGGAGGUGACGCAGGAGACACAGGAGGAGCAGAGACAGGAGGUGAUGCUGGAGGAGACACAGGAGGAGCAGAGACAGGAGGAGAGACAGCGCCCCCUGCUGUGGAUGAACGGGAGAAAGCCUCCAUAUAGGUCACAUGACACCGCAGAGCCAAUCAGACAAGAUGGAUUCCAGCCAGAGUGUGAAGUCACAUGA